AUGGCUACCAUUUUUACAAGUACUGUAAGUAAAAGAUCUCUCUAUCUAUUAGGUGGGGCAGUUGCUGCUGCCAGCUUGGCUUCUACAGUAGCACUGAACAACCAUGGGAAUAACUACAAAAAUUUCAGAAAUAAUAAUAAGACCAAUUUUGGUAAAGGUGCUCUUCUAGGUGCUGCACCAGCAUUGCAUGCUGCUCAAUGCGAGAAGGGCAGAACCAUUGAGGAUUUCCAAAAGGUUUACAAUGCCAUUGCUGCAAAACUGAGAGAAGAAGAUGAAUAUGAUAACUAUAUUGGUUAUGGACCAAUCUUACUGCGUCUAUCGUGGCACGUUUCCGGGACUUACGACAAGAACGACAAUUCCGGUGGAUCCUUUGGUGGUACUUAUCGUUUCAAAAAGGAAGCUGAUGAUCCAUCCAACAUGGGUUUGCAAAAUGCUGCCAAAUUCCUAGAGCCAAUCGCUAAGGAAUUUCCUUGGAUCUCUCACGGUGAUUUGUACACUUUAGGUGGUGUGACUGCUAUUCAGGAGAUGCAAGGCCCAAAGAUCCCAUGGAGGCCCGGUAGAGUCGAUGCAGAUGAGAAGGAAACUCCUGAAAACGGUAGACUCCCAGAUGCUACUCAAGGCUCGGAUUACGUUAGAAAGUAUUUUGGUAGAUUUGGCUUCACUGACCAGGAGAUUGUGGCUUUGAUUGGCGCUCACUCGCUUGGUAAAACUCACUUGAAGAACUCGGGAUUUGAAGGUCCAUGGGGUGCUUCUACGAACGUGUUUACCAAUGAUUUCUUCAAGAACUUGUUGAAUGAGAACUGGAAAAAGGAAAAGAACGAGGCUGGUAAUGAACAAUACAACUCCGAUAAGGGCUACAUGAUGUUACCAACAGACUUCUCAUUAAUUCAGGAUUCGAAAUUUAAAGAAUUGGUAGAAAAAUACGCCAACAACCAAGAUGUGUUUUUUGAAGAUUUCAAGAACGCCUAUGUCAAACUACUUGAAAAUGGUAUCAAUUUCGAUAAAUUGGGUAAACCAAUGGUUUUCAAGACUUUGGAUGAACAGGAAGAAUAA